AUGGAGAAUGUGUCCGAGAUUUACAGAAAUCUUGUUCUCCUUGGAAUUGUAGAGAUAGAGCCCCUCCAGUAUCUGUACGCCAUGAUUGCCAUUAUAAUCUAUGUCUCCACCAUGAUGUUAUCUUCAAUGAUCGUGUAUAUUAUCUGGUCAGAAGAGACCCUCCAUGAACCUAUGUACAUCUUUAUAGGGAACCUAGUGGUCAACGUAAUCUUUGGAAAUUCAGCUAUCGUACCCAAGAUGGUGAUUGACCUGCUCUUUGGUUUGAACACCAUAUCACUGCCGGGUUGUCUCAUCCAAGCUUUCUGUUAUCAAAGCUUUGGUGUUCUUGAGUUGUUUGCUUUUACAGUUAUGGCCUAUGAUCGAUAUUUAGCUGUCCGAGAUCCCUUGAGAUACCCAACUCUGAUGACGAAUAGAAGAGCUUUCUGGAUACUAUUUGCUGCAUUAGUCUUUGUCUCCUUAAGUAUUGGUAUAACUGUGGCUUUAGCUGCCAGGUUAUCCAUGUGUGGGGAGUAUAUUAAUAACAUGUUCUGUGAGACAAUGUCUCUUCUACGUCUGGCUUGCGGUGACACAACCAUCAACAACGUCUAUGGGACCAUCUGGACAAUGACUGUGUUGACCAGCUGUCUACUGGUUGUCAUCUAUUGCUACAUAAGAACAUUUCUUGUUUGCUUGAACGUCUCAGUGGAGGCCUACCAGAAGGGCAUUUACACCCUGAUCACUCACAUAGUCUCAUUCUCUUCAUUUGAGGCCGCCAGUCUUUUUGUCAUUUUCCGGUACAGGUUGGGCAGUGGUUCUCUCUCAACUCUUUCCCAUGUUUUCAUCUCCAUCACAGGUGUAAUUGUUUCCAUAACCUUAAACCCUCUCAUAUAUGGGAUCAGGACAGAGGCUCUUAGAAUUAAACUUAUUGCUAACAAAAUGUAUUUAUGGCGGAGCAUUGUCAUAACCAAGUAG